CAGUCUGCAAAGUACAGAGGCGGGUCUAAAUUGUAAUCCGGCCGCUGAAAAUCGUGAGCUCAGACAGCGCAGCCGAGCUGCAUUCAUCCGUUCAUCCGUUCAUUGUAUUCAUUCCAGUUUCCACCUUCCAAUCAACACUAUCCACGACAACGCCGAAUCAGCCAGACCUUCGUCCAAAUGACUGUUGUCCGUGAUAUUGUCUAUGCCCCCGUCUCGGACUGGGAGAAGCACACCCUCGACCUUUACUGUCCUCAAGCCCAGGCAAACCCUCAUCGCUCCCUGAUCGUGUUUGUUCACGGAGGUGCGUGGAGGACCGGCGACAAAAACGGAUUCAUAGAUCUAGCCAAGAACCUUGCUGACUCUACCGGAGAUGCUGUUGCUGUCGUCAACUAUACGCUGUCAAUUGCCGCUAUUAAGAACGAUCCAACCUCAGUCCCGUCCAAGGCACAGCACCCUAAACAUGUCCAAGAUGUAGCCCUAGCAAUUGGAUAUCUUUACACACAUGCUCAAACAUAUGGGACAUAUAACCCAGAACACAUUUUCCUUGUCGGGCAUUCAGCCGGUGGCCACAUCACAGGGCUCUUGGCUUUGCGUCCAGAUCAGUACCUGGAACCCAUUGAAGCCGAUCUGGGAUUGACGAAGGGUACUCUACACUCAGCAAUCCGUGGUGUCGUCGGCGUAGAGGGCAUCUACAACGCGGACCGCCUAUUGAAAAGAUGGCCAUCCUAUCGCGAUUUUAUCAUCCAGGGAUUUGGGCAGGAUCCAGCAACUCUGAUUCAUGGGUCUCCAGCAGGUCAAGAGAUUCCACAAGACUCAGGAUUCGUCCUUCCAAGAUAUGCUGUUAUUCAAUCGACCCAGGAUGAGUUGGUUGAUUCCGAGCAGGCCAGUGAUUAUUACGUGUAUCUGCAGUCCCUCGCCAGUACUUCGGGGGACGGGGUUGCGCUGGAAUUUGGAGACUGGGGCACUCACGACGAGAUGCUGCAAACACCACAGUUCACGAAAACAAUCACCACGUAUAUCCAUGGCUGGGAGACCUCAUUGGAAUAGGGGCGAUAGCAGCAAUAAAUUACAAUUGAUACCUUU